CUGCAGAUGGAAUAUCUGGUCGGGACCAACCAGUGGAGCUUAUAACGCAGACUCGUGCCAAACACAUGCCAAGCACUGUUGAUGUUACUGCUGCACUGCCACUUCAGGUGGCCUCUGGCACCCUUCCUAUGACCUUCGGCUGGAUCCCCAGUAUACUCUCCCAGGAGCAGACACUAGUGGGAGGGAGCAACAACUGCAGCAAGAACUGAUAGCACUAAAGCAAAAGCAGCAAAUACAGAGGCAACUCCUUAUAGCAGAGUUUCAAAGGCAGCAUGAACAGCUGUCAAGACAACAUGAAGCCCAGCUACAUGAGCAUGUGAAGCAACAACAAGAACUCCUGGCCAUGAAACAUCAACAGGAGCUUUUAGAACACCAGAGAAAGCUGGAACAACAUCGACAGGAGCAAGAAAUUGAGAAACAACAGCGGGAACAGAAACUGUUACAGCUGAAGAAUAAGGAAAAGGGAAAGAAAGGUGCUGUAGCAAGCACUGAAGUUAAAAUGAAGUUACAAGAGUUUGUAUUGAACAAGAAGAAAGCCCUUGCUCACCGUAGCCUAAAUCAUUGCAUGUCUAGUGACCCUCGCUUCUGGUGGAGGAAAACUCAGCAUAGCUCCCUGGACCAGAGUCCACCACCUCAGGGAGGGGUAUCUGGUUCAUACCACCAUCCUGUCUUGGGAAUGUAUGACUCAAAGGAUGACUUCCCCCUAAGAAAGACAGCAUCUGAGCCCAAUCUCAAGUUACGUUCCAGACUGAAGCAAAAGGUUGCGGAACGCAGAAGCAGCCCUCUCCUCAGGAGGAAAGAUGGUCCUGGUGUGACUACUUUGAAGAAGCGUCCUUUGGAUGUGUCUGACUCUGCUUGCAAUAGUGCACCUGGUUCUGGCCCUAGUUCCCCCAACAACAGCUCAAGCAACAUUACCACUGAGAAUGGCAUUGCUGGUCCUUUGGGCAUCCAGGCAGAGGCUGCUUUGGCCCAUAGAUUGGUGAACAGGGAAGGUUCUGUGACCCAGCUCCCUCUCUAUACCUCGCCCUCUUUACCCAACAUAACUCUGGGACUGCCUGCCAGCGGAUCUGCUAAUGGUGCAUCUGGACAAGAGACUGAACGCAUUUCCCUUCCUACCAUCCAGCAGCGACUCUCAUUGUUUCCUGCUUCUCACCUCACUCCUUACCUUGGUUCUGAUGCAGCAACCUCUCAUAAUUCGCUUCUGCAACAUAUGGUCCUGCUAGAGCAGCCCAGUGCACAAAGCCCAUUAGUUUCAGGACUGGGAGCACUCCCUCUUCACUCCCAGUCUUUAGUGUCCGCUGAUCGGGUUUCUCCCACAAUUCACAAGUUAAGACAGCACCGCCCUUUGGGCCGGACACAGUCUGCGCCUCUGCCUCAGAACUCUCAUGCCCUGCAACACUUGGUCAUUCAGCAGCAGCACCAGCAGUUCCUUGAGAAGCACAAACAGCAGUUUCAGCAGCAACAGAUACACCUCAAUAAGAUGAUUCCUAAAGUAAAUGAGGUUUCACGACAGCAUGAAAGCCAUCCUGAGGAGACUGAGGAAGAGCUGCGUGAGCACCAAGCAUUACAUGAAGAGCCAUAUGUAGAACAUGCAUCCAAGCUCAAGGAGCAAAACCUUGGCAGUAUUGUGCAGGUGAAGCAGGAGAGAGAAGAAAGUGAGGAUGAGUCAAAUACGCAUGAGCUAGAGCAGAAUAAAUUACAGGCUGAGCAGGAUCUGUUGUUCAGACAGCAAACACUACUACUUGAACAGCAAAGAAUUCAUCAGCUGAGGAACUAUCAGGCCUCCAUUGAAGCUGCUGGAUUAGUUAUGCCUUUUAGUGGGCACAGACCUCUGUCAAGGGCACAGUCUUCACCAGCCUCUGCUUCCUUUCCCAUGUCCGUUCAGGAAACUCCCACUAAGCCCAGGUUCACUACAGGUCUUGUGUAUGACACGUUGAUGCUUAAACAUCAGUGUAUCUGUGGAAACACAAAUAUCCAUCCAGAGCAUGCUGGCCGAAUUCAAAGCAUCUGGUCAAGGCUGCAAGAGACUGGUCUGAGGACCAUGUGUGAGUGUAUACGUGGCAGAAAAGCCACUUUGGAGGAGUUGCAGACUGUCCAUUCUGAGGCUCAUACACUGCUCUAUGGCACCAACCCUUUGAAUCGACAAAAACUGGAGGGUAAGUUCUUGGCAGGAUCUUUGACCUCUAUGUUCGUCCGUCUCCCGUGUGGCGGGGUUGGGGUUGACAGUGACACAAUUUGGAAUGAAGUACAUUCUUCUGGCGCUGCCCGCCUUGCUGUGGGGUGUGUAGUGGAACUUGCCUCAAAGGUUGUGGCAGGAGAGCUAAAGAAUGGCUUUGCUGUAGUCCGCCCUCCUGGACACCAUGCUGAAGAGAGCACACCUAUGGGUUUCUGUUACUUCAACUCUAUCGCAGUUACAGCCAAGAUCAUCCAACAAAGAUUCAAUGUUGAGAAGACGUUGAUAGUGGAUUGGGAUGUGCAUCAUGGAAAUGGUACCCAGCAGGCUUUCUAUAGUGAUCCUUCGGUUCUUUAUAUAUCGCUCCAUCGCUAUGAUGAUGGAAACUUCUUUCCAGGAAGUGGUGCUCCUGAUGAGGUUGGAAGCAGUGCUGGUUUGGGUUUUAAUGUGAAUGUUGCUUUUACUGGAGGACUGGAUCCACCCAUGGGGGAUACAGAGUACUUGGCUGCGUUCAGGACUGUGGUGCUGCCGAUAGCCCGUGAGUUUUCUCCAGAUGUUGUCUUGGUGUCUGCGGGGUUUGAUGCCGUGGAUGGACAUCCUUCUCCACUGGGAGGUUAUAAAGUAUCAGCCAAAUGUUUUGGAUAUCUGACAAAGCAGCUGAUGGGGUUAGCUGGAGGUCGUGUUAUUCUGGCACUUGAGGGAGGUCAUGAUUUAACGGCGAUUUGUGAUGCUUCUGAAUCUUGCGUAUCUGCUCUACUGGGUAACGAGCUUGAGCCAAUUUCAGAGUCUGUGUUACAACAGAGACCAAAUAGCAAUGCAGUGAUCUCUUUGGAGAAAGUUAUUCAGAUACACAGUGAAUACUGGCCAUGUUUGCAUAAUGCUGCUUCUACAAUCCCAUAUUCUCUUGUCGAGGCACAGAAAUGUGAGAAUGAAGAAGCUGAGACAGUGACAGCGAUGGCGUCCCUGUCUGUGGGUGUACAUCCAGAGAGAAGAACGGAGGAUGAGCCUAUGGAUGAAGAACCCCCUCUGUAG